CAACACUGGAUCUGACUGAUCCGAUUUUUUAUUUGUCUUUUUGUGCCGGUCGUCGAGGUUGUAAUUGCGUCCCAUAUAGAUUUAAUUAUUGUAUUAUAUAAAAAUGGGAGUCCCUACGGAUUUUAAGGCGGAAGCGAUUUCAAUCUUCAUAGAGUUCGCUAAAAAUAUCGAUAAGGAAAUAGCGUCAAGGUUUCAACAAAUAUUAAAAUCGAAACGCGAUAAAAUAACGGUGCCACCACGUUUUGUAAAUCUACUGAAAAAACUAGAAACUAAAACACAAAAAGCUGGUUCAAGUUCAGAGGAAUCUUCUGAAGAUGAAAAACCUAAAAAAGUUCAAUCUCCAGCAAAUGGGAAAACUCCAGUAACAAAGAAAAAGCAAAAGUCAGACUCUGAUAGUUCUGAUGAUGAGAAACCAACACAGAUCAAACCUAAUCCAGUUCCAAAGCCAGUGGCACCUCAAAAGAAAGAUUCAUCAGAUGAUAGUGAUAGCAGUGAAGAUGAAAAACCUGCACAAAAACCGGCUCCGAAACCUAUUCCUGCUAAAGCUACCAAAGCUACUCCAGCUAAAAAACAAGAGUCCUCAGAUGACAGUGAUGACAGCAGUGAAGAUGAAAAACCUGCUCAAAAACAGCCUGCAAAACCCACUCCUGCAAAAACACCUGUUAAAGCUGUGCCUGCUAAAAAACAAGAGUCUUCUGAUGACAGUAGUGAUGAUGAAAAACCUGCAGUAAAACAGGCUCCAAAAGCCAUUCCUGCUAAAGCUACUCCAGCUAAAAAACAAGAAUCCUCAGAUGACAGUGAUGACAGCAGUGAAGAUGAAAAACCAGCUCAAAAACAGCCUGCUAAGGCCACUCCUGGAAAAACACCUGUUAAAGCUGUGUCAGCUAAAAAACAAGAGUCUUCUGAUGACAGUAGUGAUGAUGAAAAACCUGCAGUAAAACAGGCUCCAAAAGCCAUUCCUGCUAAAGCUACUCCAGCUAAAAAACAAGAAACCUCAGAUGACAGUGAUGACAGCAGUGAAGAUGAAAAACCAACUCAAAAACAGCCUGCUAAGGGCACUCCUGGAAAAACACCUGUUAAAGCUGUGUCAGCUAAAAAACAAGAGUCUUCUGAUGACAGUAGUGAUGAUGAAAAACCUGCAGUAAAACAGGCUCCAAAAGCCAUUCCUACUAAAGCUACCAAAGUUACUAUAUCCAAAAAACAAGAGUCCUCAGAUGACAGUAGUGAAGAUGAAAAACCCACUCAAAAACAGUCUGCUAAGCCCACUUCGGCAAAAACCCCUGUUAAACUUAAAGCUCAAGAAUCAUCAGAUGAAUCUGACAGUAGUGAGGAUGAGAAACCUAAAAAAGCUGUGCCAAUACCUAAACCAACACCAGUGAAACCAGCAAAUAAAGCACCUGCUAAAGCAGAUUCUUCAGAUGAGAGCGAUAGUAGUGAAGAUGAGAAACCUGCAAAAAAAGCACCAGCUAAGCCACAGACUCCAGCAAAACCAGCACCAAAGAAAGACGAUACAUCAGAUAGUGAAGACGAUAGCAGUGAAGAUGAAAAGCCAGCACCAAAAGUAGUUUCAGCUAAGGUUAAAACCCCAGUGAAAAAAGCUGAAUCUUCUGAUGAAGACAGUAGUGACGAAGAGGAGGCUCCACCUGUUAAAAAGGCUAAAAAUCAUAAUGACAGCUUCCAAGGUGGAAAGAAAAGGAAAGCAUCUGAAGGAGAAGCAGAUUCUGGACCUGCUAAAAAACCAUACAAUAAUUUUGUAAAGGAGGGUGAAGCGGAAGAAAACGGUGUUGACGAAGAGGGUGAGGGUAAUCAGAGUGGGAACUGGCAAAAUAGAGGUCGCGGAGGGUUCAACCGCGGUAGAGGAUUCAACGACAGGGGCAGAGGGGGCUUUCGAGGGAGGGGGGGAUUCAACGAUAGAGGCGGACGCGGGGGUAGAGGAGGUCGCGGUGGGUUUGACAGGGGAGGUCGUGGCGGUUACGAUAGAGGGGGAAGGGGAGGCGACAGGGGAGGUAGGGGUGGUGACAGAGGAGGUCGGGGCGGUUUCCGCGGGGGCCGCGGCGACAGGCACUCCUGGGGCGGUGACCGAGGGGGCUUUAAUAAAGGAGGAUUCAACGACCGCAAGAGCUUUGACAAUAACGAUAACAAAAACAAGAAAAUAGUCUUUGAUUAAUAAGAGUGGAGCCCGCGGUUCAUGGGGUGAACGUGCUAGCAUGGAUUUGAAACACACUCGUGGCAAAUCUUUCAAACAUGAAAAAACUAAGAAAAAGCGCGGUUCAUACCGCGGGGGCGCCAUCGACACCGGCGUCCAUUCCAUUAAAUUUGAAGAAUAAUUGUUGAGCAGCAUUACUGUCUAGUAUUUAAAACUUAAUUAGUGACUUACAGGCUUGAAUAUUUAUUUUUAUAUAUUUUGACAUUGCAUUUACUAUGACAUAGGUCUCUAUCAAAUUAAACUUCUCAAAGAAAAAUAUGAGCCCACCUUGUUUUUGUCCCAUAGUAUAUUAAAUUUUGUAUUUGUUGUAGUAAAUAAAAAAGUAAACGCUCAAAACAUUUUUACGAACUCGUAAAUAUAUCUAGUAAUAGUGAAAGUACUUUUAUUUUGCCAGUGAUCCACUAAUGAGUUAUUUAUAAUCAACAUUUGAGGCAAAUUUCCAGUGGGCCUUAUUUUGUUUUGAGUAGUUUAUUUUUGUCUAUACACUUUAUGUAUAGUGUUUAACUUUAAUUUCUCUUACAUGUAUAUUUCAAUUAGUAUCAUUUAUGAAUUUAUUAAUUUUUGUUCCUUUUUCUUGUGUAAGUUAAGUGUACAUUUAUUUUUUGACUCAUCUACAGAUACAGAAUUUCCGCCAUAGUCUAGCUAGGGUUACCUUAAAUCUCAUCCAAGUAUGGGAUUAUAAUAUAAAUAAUAUAUUUAACUAUUUUAUAUAGUAAAUAUUUUGAAUGUAUGGUAUUUUUGGUUUCAUAUAAAUUGUAAGUAAGUGCAGAAGCCAAUUUUAAACUCUUAUACAGAAACAGAUUAAUUAUCUGCCGUUCCAACCAUGAAAUUAUAAAUAAAUAAUGUAUUUUAAAUACAUACAAGUAGCUCCUUUUUUAAUUUAAAAAAAAGUGCAGAAACUUAUUUUUAUUAUAUAAGAACUUUAAUAGAGAAACUGAUGGAAUUUCGCCAUUUACAAGUUAGGAUUAUAUUAAAUCUCAUCCAGCUUUGGGAUUAUCAAUAUUAAUAGUGAUUUUUUUCACUGAUUUGACAUAUGUUCAAGUUUAAUUAUUUUAUAAGUGGGUCCACACAGCGAGCAGCUUGGCCAGGCAUUGUUUGCUGUGUUGGUUUUAUAAUUAAUUUUGUAUAAUACCUCGGUCAUUAUGUUUAAAGAAUAUUGUCUACUGUCUGUAUUUGACAAUGAGGCGGCACAAAUUCGCUUCAUUGUCAAAUCUGUGUUGCUGCUCCUGUCAACGUCGUCUGAACUGACUCGGCCUUUCCACCUUCGGCAAUCUAUAGACCGCAGUUAUCUAUCUGUUUCUACCGAGUAGUUUUUCUCGUGUCUCUCACUACGGGACAUGAAAUUUCUGUAUGAAUCGGAGAAAGCCGACAAUAAAGAAAAGAACACGAGUAAUUUCAUUUGACCGGGGCUACGACCAGGGAUAGUUCAUACAUGCGGCAAAUGCCAUGUCAAGGCCGUUUAUUCCCAGUCCUCCCCGCGGGGAUUGCCUUUCAUUGCCCACAGUAUAGUUUUUUUUUCCCCAUUUGCCUCCGGUGACAAUCCUCGCGAGGGCGACUGGGAAUAUACGGUCAAGGCUGCACCCUAUGGACCUGUCUAUUUGUGUAAAUAUUUUAAGCCUAAGUACCUAAGUGUUGUUUACGUUUUGUACAUAAUAACUAUGUAUGUAAUUUUAGGAAUAGUAUUUUAAAUAAAUAUAAUUGAUCUAGGCCCGCCUUUCAUAAAAUAAAUUUUGACGUGAAUCGUAA